GUUGUUGCGUUUGAAAUGUGAACGGUGAUUUUCCAUCACACAGCUUUCACUGGAAGGACCGCUGAUGUCGGUCCUCCCUUGCCCCAAGAUGUUUUCCAUGAAGAGGAUGACGCCGACAAAAACAGUCAGAGAUGCUUCAGCCGCAGCGUUGAAGAUCAGGAAGAAGAACCUGAACACGUCCUCCUUCCUCAAGGUGAGCUUGAAGUCCAACAACCAUGCGCUGGCCCAGGCGCUGCAGGCCCAGAAGGUGUGCAGGGCGCAGCUGGAGAAGGAGGUGGUGUAUCUGCAGAAGCAGGUGGAGGCGCUGCUGUUCGAGCUGGCCUCCAAGAACUACAAACUCAGGAAGCUGCUUCAGAUCAUCAGAGGUCUCCAGAAGGACACUUUGGAGCGACUGAGUGAAGCUUCUGAGCUGCUGACUGAACUGGAUAACCCAGAUGGCCGUGAGGACCACGGCAGCCGUCCCGCUGACGUCCACAGUAUCGCGGGCCGAGGGCUCACAGAUCCUCCGACUCUGACCUCUGGUGGGACGAACGCGGCUGCUCGGUCAGCUGAAACCCCCACAAUGCACACCGGCGCCGGCACCGACGCCUCGGGCCACCCGGCUCGGCGAGGUCAUCCAGAUGAAGAGACGGAGUCAGCCCGGCGCUCGAAGACGUCUCCCCCCACCUCGUCCCGCUCGUCUGUCAGCCUGAGGGCAGAAGAGCGGCAGCUGCCCGCGGAGGUCCCCCGAUCUGAUCCCCCGAAGUCCAUCCCAGUGGAGGACCCUCCGAUUCGCAAUCAGCCCACUCCACCUCCAUUAGCGGCGCGCCAGCCGCCACCGGACAGCGUUCAGGAGAAGACCGUGCUGAUCGACACCACAAUGGAGAUGACGGUGUGCGACACCACCAACAUCAUUGCUGUUGAAGCAAAAGCCAAGAAAGCAGACAAGUCUUCCAAACCGAAAGGCAACUUGGUCAAGAAACAAAGAUGCAGAGAUGCUGUGAUGCCUGAUGCCCCAAAUUCCACCACUUAUCUGACCCUGGAGGCGACCAGAAGCCCGACGAUCCCUGAACGUCCCCUCCGGGGCACCCCGUGUGAGAAACUCAGUCCGUCUCGCAUCCCCAAACUGCUCAUCCGUCCCGUUGAAGUCAAACCUGCUGACCUCCCUGAAUCAGGCGGAGCCGUGCCGUCAGAGGUAGACGAUUAUUUCUCUGACCCCAAUGUGAUGCGUUUGGAGUCCAUUGAGAGUGCAGCACAGGAAAAAGCCUCAAAAAUCACAUUCAGGAAAUCAAAAUUUAAAGUCAGGUCUUCACUUACCAGGAAAACGAUCGUUCCUCCAUCGACUGACCAUGCUGAGAGCAGACCGUCCAGACCGUCAGCCCAACAGCAGACUGUCGCGUUUCAGCCCUGUGAAGAUGAGGGACAACCGGAGUUCAGACAGACACAGCCGUUCUCUCCAGAGGCCUGCUUCAGGGCUGUCAGUUCUUCCAGAGGCAGUAAAAAAAUCAAAUGCAGGAGCACAUUUGUCGUUUCCGUGGCCAGCAACGGCGACUCACUUCAUCCAGACUCCAUCUGUACAGCAGGACCGAACGACCACGCCAUGUCUCGGAGUUCCUGGAAAAGAUCCUGGAUGGCCGCCGAGGAGCUCUGCGAGAGCGAUGGACUGAACGCUCCGCCGCCGCCAGCGGACCACCACACCACAGCGGAGGCCGACGCCCAGAGGCACAAGAAAGCCAGGAGAGAUGAAGCAGCUGGGUCUGCUGAGCACCAGGACCAACAUGAGCAGCAAAAACAGGUCCACGACGAGAACACGACGGGAGAUCGUCCGACCAACAGAGGCUUCAGAACUCAGGACAGGAGCUCGGGCUGGAGACGGAGCAGAGUCCGGUCGACGAGCAACUUUGUUUUGCUGAUGGACGAGCUGCCGCCGUGGCUGGGCGUGGACGUCAGCAGCAGCAGGACGGAGGGGGACGUGUUGGACUCGUCUUCAGUGUCGGUGGAACCUGAGAGCAGGGAGUCUGCUGAGCCAGUUCAUCAGGCCAUCCCAGAAGGACGAGUUCUAACAACGCUCACCAACGUCACUACUCAGGACGGGGUAGACUCCGCGCGCACCAAGAGAUGCCGAAACCCCGUCGCCUACAAGGAACCCCCUCUGAACCGAAAAAUGAGGACUGAAGGCCCGACCCUGAGCCAUCGAAAAUUAAACACAAAGAAGAAGCAGACGUCCCUCAAAUCCAAGAAGAAGGACUGAUCAUUUUUUUAAUUCCCACUUUAACUUUUAUUUUAGGAUGUACAGAUUUGUUCUUUUUUUCUUCUUCUUCUUUCUUUCAGUAGUGAAGUUCUUCUGGAAUAAAUACUUGACUGGAUUUCUU